AUACAAAACUAUCCUUUAGUAUUGAUGCACAUCAGCUGCGUGUAACGUGGUGCAAUAAAUUGUAUUGUCAUAUGGAAGAUUGGAGGACCCCAGGAAGAAUAGCUCUUAGCUUUUGCUGAAGGUAAUGGGGAUCCAAAUCAAACAAACAAGCAGUGUCCCCGUUUUUUUUCUAGUUCUGAUGAUGAUUUCUUCAAAUAUAUUGCAGUUUCUCACAAAGAACUGAAAAGUUGAAGUGGUGUGAUUAUCUAAACCCAGGACACAGUGUAUUCGGUUGUGGAGUGAGAAGCAGGUCCAUUGGUCCGUGUGAGCAGUCUGCCGGCCAGGUGCAUCAUCAGCCCCUCCUCCUGAGCGCAGGACGCCCCUCCCGCCAGGUGUGUGCGCCCUGAGCAGGACAGGUUGUCUCACCUGGCUCACCUUACAGCCUGCUGCUGGCUGCUGAACAUGGAAGCCCAAUAUGGGGGCCUGGGCCGCUGCGCGUGCAGCUUCUGGUUGGCGGUGGCCUUUGACAUCGUGGGGCUGACCGUGCUCCUCCUCGGGGUCUUUGUCAGCGUCUUUUUCUACGACCUGCUCAUCUACGCGGGCGCCAUCGUCAUCUUCCUCAGCCUCAUCUGGUGGGUGUUCUGGUACUCUGGGAACAUCGAGGUGCCCCCGGCGGAGCUGGAGGAUGACGUCGGCCUGCUGAAGAAGAAGCGCUCUGCGGGCGGCAUCGGCGGCGCGGUGAGGAGCCUCUCCAGCCGCGUCUCCAGCGGCAUCAGGAACUCUUUCCGCAGGAACGGAGGAGGAGGAACCCUCGGCAGCCGCGCGCAGCGGUCAGCCGCCAGGACUCCGGGGUCCCAGCGGACGGGCCAGGUGAGCGUUGCCAUGGAGACCAUGGCCCCGCAGGAAAGCACCCUGCACCCCGCAGAUCCCCCCGUGGCUGAAGUAGCGAUGCCGCACACAGCUAUGGAGACUUCGCCCACAUAACAGGUGGACAGGGACAUGUCAGCGUCUCCAGUGUUCAUUUCCAAGACAGCCUGACCUCCAGAGCGCAGUCUUCAGUUUGCUCCUGUGGACUACACAGAUUUUAUAUCUGUUUCAGUUCUUAAAGGGAAGAUAUUCAUUUAAAAUCAGCAUCAGCCAGGUCUCAGUAUUGACCUGUGAAUGUUUUCUUAUCUGAGUCACUGUUGAGUUUUCCUGCAUGGAUGUGAUCAGUGUGCCUCACUCACUAAAAACAGGAGAAAGUUCUGGACUAGAACACUGACUGAGACUUUUAUGUUGAAUUGACAGGAAACUGAAAGCGAAAAAGAGAUGAAAUUAACAAAAAAAUAAUAAUUGUUCAAAGGAAUGUGUGCUAUUUCGUAUGCAGUGAAUGACCUGCACUGAUGACUACAGAUAUUUUUAUACUUUUGUUGGUUUUUACUGACUAUAUUGUGAUUGUGAAGAUGCUUGUGAUCUCUGUAGUGUUCAGAAUUUAUUCUCAGUGUUUGAUGUCCCUGACACUUUCUGAUAAAAGAUAUUUUAAUAAAAAACAUAAAGCACUUGGAUAUUAUCAACUAUA